GACAAGUCACCGUAUUCUCUUUCCCCUCAUUCCAUCAAAGCGAUCGCUCAAGUGUCCUACUCUCGUCGUGCCCGACGGCCAAACGAAUGUCGCUCCCCGAGGAACUUGCAAGCGAACGUCCAUACCGGUCCCGCAAGAGCCGGCCUUGCGAUAGGUGUCGCUCGCGUAAACAGCGGUGCAUAACGAAGCCGAGUGGGACGUGUUUGAAUUGCCAGAUAUCCGCGGUAGCUUGUACGUUCGACUCGCCAGCGGCGGCGGAUCUUCCUCGGCCCCGAGUUAAGAAGCCCCCGGGUGAGGCCAAGUCAAGGAACGGCGGAGCGGGAGCAGGAGGAGCAAGCGGGUCGGGUGGAGGCGCGAUGGGCAUGUCGUCGGGCGGGAUCCCGUUGUCGCCCCAGAGCAUGGAGGCGGGCUCAAGCAGGGCAGCCCAGCAGCACCCUUUCAGCGGAGCUUCGCAUGGUGGCUCUAGCACCUAUCCCAGGAGCCCGUCCCUCUCCAUGCCUGGACCCGUAUCCCCAGUGAAGCUCGAGACGCAUCUCAACUCCCUUCGUGACGUCAAUGCCGGGACGCCUCUUACGUCUUCGUCGUCGUCGUCCCACCUCGAUCUGGGCGGCGCAUUCUCGAAUAUCAUGCUCAACUGGGAUCCACCCUCGUACCUGAGCCAGGGGAUUAACCAGCUGUCGAUCCGGGAGGAGGAAGACUGUCGCGCACUAGACUCAGACGCGGAUGACGAAUUCGAACCCCACUAUGUAGGCAGGACGGCUGAACGAGACGCGCUCGUCCUCAGCGCGAUCGCCUCAGUGCGAAACUCAUCGAGCUCUGGUCGGCCCACGACCCCAGCCCAGGCUAACUUCCGGGUGCGGCAAGUUUCCACGAACCAACAGGAGCCGAUCUAUUUUCUGUUCGAACCCCCGCGACCGUAUGGAGAAGACACAGUCGGCAGCUACACGAGUGAAGAGCUUGUCAGCCUGUUGGGCCCCAACAACAUCCAACGUCUUCUCCGCAAUUACCUCAAUAUGGACGGCGCGGCAGUUCCGAUCUGGCGUGCGACAGAUUUUGCCGAAAACCCCCAGAAGCGGCUACCUGCAGGCUUGUUCUGCGCCUAUGUUACGCGCGGCGUGAUAUAUGACGAUCAGCUUCGAUCUCUUGCUCCGCAGGCUUGGAAAAUUACGACGCUGACAAAUCGUGCGCAGUCACGCAGUGCGCGAGUCUCAACCAUCCAGGCCAAUCUGCUGGAUUUGGACGGAAGACCUUCGUUGAAUCCAACUGGGAACUCUCUGCUGCUGGGCCAGACUAUUGCCGCUGCCAGACUGAUGGGGCUGCAUCUGGAUUGUACCACAUGGUCGAUACCCAAUUGGGAAAAGGCUCUUCGCGUGAAACUGUGGUGGGCUGUUUUGCAGCAAGACAAAUGGGCUGCUCUUUGCUAUGGUCGCUCGAGUUACAUCCACCGAAAUGACUGGGAUGUUCCUCUCCCUCCAUGCGAAACGACCAACGACUAUGUCUUUGUCGCACAAUGCGAACUGACAUUGAUCUUGGACGAAAUUCUGUGCGAAGUUGAUGUGCAGCGCCGGCCUGCCGGGGAGAUAUUCACACCGCGAGACAUUGUCCAGCGCUUGACCCAGUUUGGCCUUGAUCUGGACUCGUGGAAGCGCAGGUUUGACUCGAUGGGGCGGUCUCACAAUGGAUAUCUUCCACCCGGAUUUCGUUCAUUGAACCUUUCUUAUCUUGGUGUGGCGCUGCUACUCGUUCGGAGCGUCCAAGAUAUGGAACUUCCGCCCAAUGCUGCACACUCUGCACACGAGAGUGCUCUGAAGAUUGCGGAAGAGGUUGUGACUUUUACGUCGAAUCUGACUGCUGAUGAUCUUCGCGGUUAUUUUACCACCUUCUCUGCGUUCCACUUUUCGACCUGUUUGAUGCUCCUCAUCAGACUUGUCCUUCAAGCUGAUCCGUCGGAUCAUUCCGAUGGCGCUCGGCAUCGGAUCCUGCACCUUUUGCGGGUGUUCAUCUUCUCUCUAUCGGAGGCCAGGCAGACCGUCCCUGCGUUCGAGCUCGCGGAUCUAGCUCUAGCACGUGCCCGGCAUCUGCUUCCGUUGCUUGCCAAGAAUACCCCGGAAUUCGCGCUCGCCCUAGAUCCUUUAGGACCCCCAGUCGAAGACACCCUGAGCACGAUGCCGGAUAUUCCAUCGCCGAACAUGCCUGCGAAUUACUCCACGCACGACCACAAUGUGCUGUGGCCUGAAAGUGGGUCAGGAUUGGCUGCUUUCUUUCCAGAGGUGACGCAGCCCGACUGGGUCUCGUUCCGUGACUACAUCCACCCGCUCUACUCCCAGAUCGUACCUAACGGGGGUUCGUAUAUGUAAUUUUCACGACUGCCUCCGAUCUGGCUCGAACCGUCGUCCUCUCUCUCUUCUGCUCUUCGCUGUUGUCGUUUUUCUUCCAGGACUGUUUUUCGAUGUAAAGUAUGCUACCAUCUCAAGCUUCGAUGUUUUUUAUACAUGUACCAGACCAAGUACGUACACGGAAUAUGUGGCUGUAAAGUAUUGUAAUCCCACGAGUUCGUCCGAUCCCUCCCUGGUCC